GGUGGCCAUCGCUGGAGACCAAUACCAGCUUCCCUAUGCCGGAGAAAGUCUAGAAGUCAAGCAGGGGUGGUGGGGCACGAGGCUGAAGAGGUUAUGGCGGGCAAGGUCACAGAGUGCUUCAGAUGCCAGUGCCUGGAGGCUGGACUCUGUCCUGAGGGUAAGGAGAUUCCCAUUUUCCAGAUGAGGAAACUGAGACCCAAAGAGUAACUUGCCCAGGGUCACCUCCAACAUGCAGACCCCUGCCAUGAUGUCUCUGCUGCUCGUGUCCAUGGGCCUCAUGGAAGCACUUCAGGCCCAGAGCCACCCCAUCACACGACGAGACCUCUUCUCUCGAGAAAUGCCCCUGGACAUGGCCCUGGCCUCCUUUGACGACCAGUAUGCUGGCUGUGCCGCAGCCAUGGCGGCGGCUCUCCCGGAUCUCAACCGCACGGAGUUCCAGGCCAACAAAGUGUACGCCGAUGUCUGGGCUCAGGCAAGCAGCCAGUGGCAGGAGCGCCAGGCCUGGGGGCUCAAGUGGGGCCUCAGCCCUACCCGUCUGCCCCCGCCCACGGGCUUCCGAGAAGAGCAUGGGGUGGCCCUCCUGGCCUACACAGCUAAUAGCCCCCUGCACAAAGAAUUCAACGUGGCCGUGCGCGAGGCUGGCCGCUCCCGGGCCCACUACCUCCACCACUUCUCCUUCAAGACCCUCCACUUUCUGCUGACCGAGGCCCUGCAGCUGCUGGGCAAGGGCCAGCGUCCACCCCAGUGCCGCCAGGUGUUCCGAGGGGUGCAGGGCCUGCGCUUCCGGCCAGCAGGGCCCGGGGCCACCGUCAGGCUGGGGGGCUUUGCCUCUGCAUCCCUGCAGAAUGUUGCAGCCCAGCAGUUUGGGGAAGACACCUUCUUUGGCAUCUGGACCUGCCUCGGGGCCCCUAUCAAGGGCUACUCCUUCUUCCCUGGGGAGGAGGAGGUGCUGAUCCCUCCCUUCGAGACCUUCCAGGUGAUCAAUGCCAGCAGACCAGCCCAGGGCCCCGCCCGCAUCUACCUCCGGGCCCUGGGCAAGCGCAGCACAUACAACUGCGAGUACAUCAAAGACAAGCAGUGCAAGUCAGGGCCCUGCCGUCUGGAUAACUCAGCCGUGGGUCAGGGCCCCCUUUCUGCAGUCUGGUCCCUUCUACUGCUGCUCUGGUUCCUUGUUGGAGAAGCCUUUCCAGAGAGUCCAGGACUCCUCUAAUCCAUCAGCCACUGAACAGCUCUGCCGUCACCUCUGCCCAACAUGAGGAUGUCAGCCACAUGUAUGCUUUAAGUGUGGCCAAGAUCUGUGGUUACUCCAUCUGUAGGGAACUCUGGGAUCUUCUCUGGCAGCUGCCAGGCUUGCUAGCAGGAAGAGGAAAAUGUAGGGACUGGGCCUCACCCAGGGGUCUAGGAGUAAGACGGUGAAUAGAGGUGGGGGGACUGCAGGACAGGUAACCACUCACUUGGAGAUAGAAGAUUAAAGUAGUUUGGAGGGGGGGUGAUUGGGGAGAAAAGUACUUGGCCAUGGUACUUGCUGAUAUUACUCAAAUGCUUCCCAUGUACACCUGGACUGCUCCUGUUCGCUCCUCCAGGAUGCCUUCUCUGGCCUCUCCACCCUGCUGGGUUAGGGGCCCUGCCUCUGUGCUCCCAAAGGGCCCUGGUCUUCCACGUCCAACUGUGAGCUUAUGAAGGCAGGGACUGCAUCCGAGGCACAGAGGUGGUGCCAGAAAAUGUGUGGAAGUCAGAAAGGAACAAGUACCUUGUGAGUAGCUGGUUCCUGUACUGCCCCUGCUUUGGGCACCUUCAAGCUCUCCGGAUGUCACUGUGUGGGAACGGGGUGGACUGGUUCUCAUUUUCUUGUCAUCAAAGAUGUAAUUUCUGCUCUGAUCCAUGAGUCCUAAGGUCCCUAAGAGGCUGGAUCCCCAAGUUCCACCACCACGGGCCCUAAGGGUAAGAGAGGACAUGGAGGAAGUGAUAGGCACACACUUUAUUAUCAGUCGGGGCUUUGGGGCCAAAUCCUUGUGUGGCCUCCUGCUCUGGAAACUGGACCAGGAAUUCUGAAUUCCCAGUUGCCUCCCCUGAGCCCCCAGGUAGGGACAGGCAAGACCAAGUCCCUGUAACAGCAGCCACAGAGGAAGGAAGAG